AUGGAAAAUCAAGAGAAUUUCAACAGCUCUUCGAUAGGAUAUCAAAAUGAAGAGGAAGCUGCCUUGCAACAGCAAAUUCAAGUCUAUAGAAAACAACAUCAUGACCAAGAAUAUUCGGAAAAUGAUGUGGAAGCUGGUGGAGAAGAACAGCAGGAGGAGGCUGCUCCAACAACAUCGGAACCUGUUCAAAAUUUAAGUUGUACAUUUGGCAGUGUUGUUGUUUUUAUAUUUCUAGGAGCUAUCUGGGGUAGUGCUUUUUCAUUUAUUAAAUUAUCUGUUGAUCCAAAGUUUGGUUUCAGUGCAUUUAGUGUAGUGUUUUUGCGUCUAUUGAUUGGUGGAAUAUUCAUGUUAGUGCUGUUCAUAUUCAAUUUUGUGAAGAGCAAGGAAUUUAGAACACAAGUGAACAAGCAUAGAGGAAUUAAGACAAUCUUGAUGAUGAUGGUAUUGGGAUUUUUCAACAAUGCUGUGCCAUUCAUUCUUGUUGCAUUUGCUGAACAAUCUAUUAAUUCAGGUAUUGCAUCAAUUCUCGACAGUUCCAUUCCAUUAUUUUCCAUCUUUAUUGCCCAUUUUACAUUGAAAGGGGAGAGAAUUACCUUUCUUAAAUUAGUGGGAUUAAUUGUUGGUUUUGGUGGAGUCAUUUUGGUUUGUUUACAGCAAGUCAUUAUAGGUGAAACACCAGAUGAUGGACAAAUAGUUGGCUAUGUAACUGUUACUCUUGCAGCUGCUUCCUAUGGUGUUGCUUCUGUGAUUUCUAAAAAGUAUUUUGAUGGUGUUCCAAGUUUGUUUACUGCUUGUGGUCAAAUUUUCUCAGCUUCACUCUUUGCCUUACUUGGUGUUUUGAUUUAUGAUCUUGGUAUUGAUGAAAGACAUUUGAGCUAUUUCAAACAUGCCAACUAUCUUGCUUGGAUUUCAGUUGCCUAUUUGGGAAUUGUUUCGACUGGUGUUGCCUAUGUCUGUUUCUUCUAUCUAAUCAAGAAGAUUGGAAGCACAAAACAAUCUUUGAUAUUCGGUGUUGCAGAAGGUGCCAUAUUCCUUGGAGAAUGGGAAAACAUCCCAUUCUAUAUUCCAAUAAUUGAAUUUGUUGGCAUGUUUUUGAUUUUUAUUGGAAUUGCGAUAGUUUCCAUUCCUUCUUGGAGAAAAAUCAAAGAAUCAGCUAAAUUCGUUUCAAAGAGUUCAAAAAGAGAUAAGGAUAUGAGUGAUGCUAUUUUGGACCAAACUGUGGAAGAAUCAAGUUCUCUUUUGAAUGGAGACAACAAUCCAACAGAAUAUUAUGACAGAACAAGGAGUAUUCAAUAA